AUGACAGAGGCGUGUUCUUCUCUAACUUUCAAGACCCUCUAUGACCCAACAAGCAAUGACUCUGGCCAAUCCUUUCAACUUAGUAGUGAUAAGAGAUCCAGUGUAGUUAAUCAACCAGGGUGUGUGUGUGUUGGAAAGCCUGCACCACAUAUAGAAUUAAAGGUGGUUGUCGAGGAUUCUUCUCAUGUUGGGAGAAUAUUAACGAGGGGCCCCCAUGUGAUGCUCGGGUAUUGGGGUCAAAUUUCAACCAGAGCUUCCAAUCCUAGUGAUGCAGGUUGGCUUGAUACAGGUGAUAUAGGGCAGAUAGAUGAUAAUGGUAAUGUAUUGCUCUUUGGACGUACUAAAGGUCGAAUCAAGAGUGGUGGUGAGAAUGUUUACCCUGAAGAGUUAGAGGCUGUCCUGUCUCAACAUCCAGGUGUUUCUGGCAUUGUUGUUGUUGGACUUCCAGACCCUCGUUUGACAGAGAUGGUAGUUGCUUGUAUUCAAUUAAAAGACAAUUGGCAGUGGGCUGAUUUGAGUUAUGAUCACCCAGCUGAAAAUAAAGACCUAAGCUUGUCAAGUGAGAUCCUCCAGAUUUUUUGUAGAGAAAAGAAUUUGACUGGGUUCAAAAUACCCCAAAGUUUUAUCUUAUGGAGGUACCCAUUACUUUCACAACAACUGGAAAAUUGA